UCUCCGCUGCUCGCUCCUGCCUGUGACGGCACAGCAGCAGCAGCACUGACGGCACGGGAAGACAAAACACUGCACACGUCGUGAAGGCCUCUCACUGUAAACGCUGCUGCAGUUAACCACACCGACAACGGACUCAAACACACACACUCUCAAAGAGUUUUCUUAUCAUAGUCUGUCUUUUAGUAUACAAAAACAACCGAACAUUUCAUAGCCUUGUAAAAAAAAAUACCAGUCCUCAUAAUGGCGACAGCUGCCGUGUCUGCCGCUGCUGGCUGCGGCCCCAGCCCCGGGUCGGGAACGGAGCUCGUCCGCGGACAGGCCUUCGACGUCGGACCUCGCUACAGCAACCUCUCCUACAUCGGGGAAGGAGCCUAUGGGAUGGUUUGUUCUGCUUAUGACCGAGACAACAAGAUCCGCGUUGCCAUUAAGAAGAUUAGCCCUUUUGAACACCAGACGUACUGCCAGCGCACCCUGAGAGAGAUCAAGAUACUUCUGCGCUUCAAACAUGAGAACAUCAUCGGAAUCAACGACAUUAUCCGCACGCCAACUAUUGACCAGAUGAAGGACGUAUAUAUUGUCCAGGAUCUCAUGGAGACAGACCUGUACAAGCUCCUCAAGACUCAACACCUGAGCAAUGACCACAUCUGCUACUUCCUCUACCAGAUCCUACGAGGGCUCAAGUACAUCCACUCUGCCAACGUCUUGCACCGUGACCUGAAGCCUUCCAACCUUCUGCUCAACACCACCUGUGAUCUCAAGAUCUGUGAUUUUGGCUUGGCUCGUGUAGCUGACCCCGACCAUGAUCACACUGGUUUCCUCACAGAGUACGUGGCCACUCGUUGGUAUCGAGCACCUGAGAUCAUGCUCAACUCCAAGGGCUACACCAAGUCCAUAGACAUCUGGUCAGUUGGUUGCAUCCUGGCUGAGAUGUUGUCCAACAGGCCAAUAUUUCCUGGGAAGCACUACUUGGAUCAACUUAACCACAUUUUGGGUAUCCUGGGUUCUCCCUCUCAGGAGGAUCUCAACUGCAUCAUCAACAUCAAGGCCCGGAACUAUCUUUUGUCACUGCCCCCGCGCUACAAAGUGCCGUGGAACCGCCUCUUCCCCAAUGCUGAUCCUAAAGCUCUUGACCUGUUGGAUAAGAUGUUGACUUUUAAUCCUCACAAGAGGAUCGAGGUGGAGGAGGCCCUGGCUCACCCUUACCUGGAGCAAUAUUACGACCCCACAGAUGAGCCCGUCGCUGAGGCUCCGUUCAAGUUUGACAUGGAGCUGGAUGACCUACCCAAAGAGACACUGAAGGAGCUCAUCUUUGAAGAGACUGCACGUUUUCAGCCUGGCUUCAGGUCUUAACAUCUCACACAGAUCUCUCUGUGGACUGGCCUCUGUGUUGCCACUGCUCCUCCCUGCCUCCACACUGUUGCUGUGAUCAUUAUUAUUAUUUUUUUAUUUUAUUUCCUCUGCGGUUGUCCACAUCACCUGGAUUCCUUGGGUCUCACUCGUCAAGUCCACUUUGCUCAGGAAUGGCGUCAGGAAUCAAUCAAUCAAUCAGUCAUUCAUUCAUUCUCUUUCUCUGUCUCUCUUCUUCUCUUUCCUCUUUCUCUCUCUUCCACUGAGGUGAAAGGUGAGGGCAGCAGGUGGGGGUGGGGUGGGUUUCAUCACAGCUAACAGUUUGUGGGUGAUUUUUGUGUUUUAAGCCAAGAUAAACAAUUGUGCGUGUGUCUCUCAAAGGCUUUUGGCUCUGGCUAUUCCUAUUUGAAACUCUUAUGUCCAGUUGAAUGACUAGCUGUUAGAUUAGCUGUUGUGUUUUUGUUUUGUUUUUUUCUUUUCGGUGCAAGUGUCGUCGCGACAACUCUGCCUGCAUUGCACAAAAGAUUCAUUCAUCAUAAAAACAAAGGAUCUUUUAAAUUUUCUAGCAUUUUGUCACACUGUCACAAGCUUGUGCUUAUCUUCUAUUUUUUUCCCAAAUGAAAUUAACUGAUUUAUGCAAUGAAAUCACAUAAUCAACGAGAGACUUUGCAGGCUACAAGCCAUCACCUGGUGUUGACGAGGAUCAAUAUUUUAUGUGAUUUUAAUCCUUAAAACACGGAUAGCCCAAAUGCAAAUGUAUACAUAGAAAUAUAAAUAUAUAUACCGUAUAUAGCCUAAAGAGUCUUAAGAUAUUUUAAUGGCAAGUGUGAUGACGGAAAGUAAAUCAGAUGAAUUUGUAACCGUUUUUGCUAUAAAUGCCCGUUCUCUUUUCACAUCGGCUUCAAUGAGAUGUCAGUUUGUGCUAAAUGCACCAAAGGUAUAGGUGCGUUGAAAGUAUUCACCAUCAGUUUCUGCCUUAGCCAUGAGAAUCUACAGGAAAAGUUGUCUAUUUCACACUGGUCUGUACGUAACAGAGAUAUUUUUCAUAUGGAGGGAAAUUCACUUCAGGACAAAUUUAUUAAUCACAGAGCAAAGGUUGUUGUGCCUCCCUGUUUGUCCUGUUUAGUGUUUUCUUUUUAUCUUCGGCCUCUCUUUCUCUUUCUCUCGCCUUGUUAGAAUAAUACUGUGCCCUUUUGCAUGACUGUUAUAAGCUCCGUAUACAAAGACAAACAAUGUUAAGUGCCACACAAGCCGGGCAGAUCCGUGGGGUGAGCGCCCAGGCUCUUUCUGUUCUACCUUUUUGUGGUAAAUCACACCUCCCAGUCACAUGGUGCUUUAUGUCUGCUCUCUUUCUUGUGUUUUCCCUUUUUUUUUUUUUUUUUUGUCUCCCGUCAUUCAUUUCUACACUUUAAAUCCCCUUGUUUUUAGCCAAACUCCACAUGCAUGCAAAGAUGUCUUGUGUUUGCAAAUAGGAGAAUAACCAUAUAGCUUAUAUUUAUACCCAGUGACAAACUAGUUACCUGAACACGAGGAAUGGGAUCCAGGCAUGAUGCAGUUGAAGUAAUACUCAAAUGUAACUGGUCAUGCUUUUCCAUUCAAUCCUGAGCAACUUUUUUUGCUUUAAUUGCACAUAUUCACACUGACAACAGUUGGCAGUGUCAGUACCUGCAACUGCACUGUAACUAAAAGAAGAAGAAGAAGAAGAAAAUGACAGAACUGCAGCAGAAGUCCAAACCAUAUUUUCACUUCCUGGCAGUAACUGCUGAUUAAAGACUGUUGAAUUAGAAGUUUUCUUUUUUUUUGUUAUUCAAUUUCAAUGAAUUAUGACUUAAAGAUUAUAUAUACAUAUUUGAGGAUUUGAAAACUUUUUUUUUCGGGAGGGGAAAAAACCCCGCAAACAAAGCCAGAAGUGGUGAGACUCCGUCGUCCUACUCAGAACGUUCUUUCAUUUGAGUUGGUCUGCGGCGUCUUUUGUUUAUGAGUGAGUCUCAAACAUGUUCAGUGUCAUUGUACAUCUAGGCUUUGGUUAUGAUUUUAAUACCACAACUCCAAAAGAAAAGCUGAAGUAGGUAGACUUUGGACAGUAGACGAAAUGAAUUAAUCCAACUCUACCUAAAAGGAUUCUUUGGGAAUCAGACUGUGCUGGCACUAAGAAAGUAACGUUUCAAAACUGUUGAGCUGCUCUGAAUCCAGUGUAUACAGUCUGUGACAAAGGUAUGAGCUGCAAACUCGUGAUUGUUUUGUUGUGAUUUUCACACAAGUCGUAAAUUUUGAAUUUUACAAAAUGUUUCUGGUCACAGUGGACAGAACCGUCAUAUAAAAUUAUGGUUUACUUUGGAUUCUUUCUUUCUUUUUUUGUGCAAAAUGUGGGCCUGAAAGUGAAUGGAGCUGUAACUGUUUUCACCAACAUACUGAGUUCAACUCUGUCACAGCAGUGACGAGAUGAACCACUGGAGGUCAGCAAAAGCAAGAUUCACAAAUGCUGUUGAGUUAAUCUACAACUAGAUAAAAUGAUAUGAAAAACAUGUAACUCCAUCGUUGAUAUUAUGAGUACCGUGCUCAACCAAAAGUCUAAAACAACAAUGAUCAUGAGGUAACAGCAGAACUACAAAUCUGUCUAUUUUCGUAAAGUUAUAACCAUGUUCGUUUGAUUCUUAUCAAAAAUAAAGAAAAAAGUCUUGAAAUUCCUCAAGAACACCCUUCAAACGUAAA